AUCAAAAAGGCAACCUGUCCGAUGUGCGUCGACGCGACUGUAAGCUGUAAGAAGAAGCAAUGCAAUGCUGCGUAAAACUGCCACGACUGUGGGAUCCGCAUGUAAAAAGUAUUUCACUAAAUUCGAGAAAAACCGGAGAACCAUGGCUGACCUGCAGCUAAUUGCCAGCAACAACGAGCGCGCCGAAGCGCUAAUCAACUCCAUCGAAGCCGAGAUUUCCGGCAUCCAGCAACAACUUGUGGAGCGUCAGAAGCAGGAGCUGAUCAGGGAGAACGCAAAACUGGCCAAGGAGGUGGAGGCCGCUCUGGCCCAACUGGUGCAGCUGGAGCUGAGGAAUGGCAAGAAACAGAUUCCGGUGCCAGGAUCCCGGGGAUUCUGCACCAGUGCGGCACCAGAAGCUCCGUCGGCCGGCGCUCCACCUGCUCCCGCUGCUGAGACCGUCAAGGUAGCCAAAGAGCCCAAGGAGAAGAAGGUCAAGGAAAAGAAACCGGCCGCCGAGAAGCCAGCCGCAGCUCCAGAGGCUCCCGUGGACGUGGGCCGCCUGGACUUGCGCGUGGGAAAGAUAGUGGAGGUGGGUCGUCACCCCGACGCCGACAGCUUGUAUCUGGAGAAGAUCGACUGCGGCGAGGUGGCUCCACGCACCGUGGUGUCCGGCCUGGUGAAGUUUGUGCCCCUAGAGGAGAUGCAGAACCGCCUGGUGGUGGUAAUGUGCAAUCUGAAGCCAGCCAAGAUGCGCGGCGUCACUUCGGAGGCGAUGGUCAUGUGCGCCUCUACGCCCGACAAGGUGGAGGUGCUUAGUCCGCCCGCCGGAGCCGUGCCCGGCGAUCUGGUGCACUGCGAGGGCUAUCCCCGCCAGCCGGACGCCCAGCUUAACCCCAAGAAGAAGAUCUUCGAGGCGUGUGCCCCGGACCUGAUGACCAACGGCGAUCUGGUGGCCUGCUACAAGGGCGCCGCUCUUCAUGUUCCCGGCAAGGGCAACGUUGUGGCCCAAACCCUCAAGAACGUCAAUGUGAAGUGAGCCAAAUAAAAUAAACAUCACCGCCUGCAAAA